UUCGGUUGCUUUGCCGGUUUAGCUCAGACCGACGUCGUCUUGACCCAUUUGGAAGUUGGGACUGGGCUGCUCACGCCAUUCCCGUUCUUUCUGAAACCCAGGGGCGGCAUACGUAGGAGCAGAGAGAGAGAGAGAGAGAGAGAGAGGGAGAGAGAGGAAUGGAAGCUCUGAGGAAGCUGGAAGAAGAGCAGAAGAUGCUGCUACUGAUGCAGUCGCGCGGCUUCACAACCUCUUCCAUAAACAGUCAUUGCGACUCUGAUCGGUUCCUUGCUCAAUUCCUCCUGUUCCUGAUACAACCAUGUGGUGAGCUUGACAUGGACAAGAAGUGCCAUUUGAUUUCUCAAAGCAUGCCAAAGAUGUCGGCUUCAUUUCUUGAGGAAGCAUCACUCUGGCUUCAUGGGGAAGGCUGUCAGCAGCAUUUAAUUAGAAAACAUGUAAUUCCCAAUCAUGAGGAUAAGAUUGACUAUGAUCCACUGCAAACUGAUUUUGAAGACAUAGCUAUGGUUGGGUUGGAUGCAAUGCAGCGAGCGAAUUCUACCCUUGAAGAUUUUUGCAGAUCUUAUUUCAUGUUUCAUGAAAUGGAUGUAAGCAGGCCACAAUCAAUAUUCAGAUACCUACCUGUACUUUCAUUUACUGAAAGUUAUAUAUAUCAGCUGGAUAGUUUGAAUGAGAAAAUGGUGCAGAUACCAGCUGAUGAAGUUACUUUGCUGGAAAGAAGAUCUGAAGCGGAAGCAAACCAGCACUGGAAUAAUAAUUUACUGGGAACAUUCAGAACGUAUCCAUUCAGUCCUCUUAUUCUUCUACUUGAGCAUCACGGACUCUGUUCUGAGAGGAUAAGAGAAGAAUUUAGGUUUGGAGAAGAGUACUGGGGUCUAGAAAGAAAGCUAUGUAGUGCACUGAUGAGCAAAAAAGAGAUUUCAAUUGAAGAUGCUAUGAGGGCAAUUCAUCUGAAAUCCUUUGAUUACCGAGUACUGAAUCUUCUUCUAUAUCAGUUGAGAAGCGAAAAGGUUAAUGAGUUGCACAUGGAGUUUCUAUCAAUUUCAGAAUUUCUCGUGGAGAUAUCUGAUGAUUUUCCAAUCUGGAACAAUAAGUCCAGAAACAGAUUCACAAGGUUCGGGACUUCCCUCCCGUAAAGGAAGCUCCGUAGUUACCUGCCUCACGUGCUACCACGUGUCACCGCUUCUCUCUGCCUUCCUCGACUUUGCACUGUUCCGGUCACUAUUCCACCGAGGAGCCACCACCGUUGGAACGCCCAUUCAGAGAGGAGUUCAACGCCGCCGAAGUCGGAGCCAUCCAACGCCACAUGCUCCCCCAUGCGCCGCCUGAAGAUUUUGGUGUGCUGCUCACGUGCUCAUGCGCCGACCUGUUAUUGCACGCACCCAGGCCUUCACACGUUGCCACGUGUCUCAUUCCAUACGCGACACGUCAGCACCGACAGUUGCCCGGCGGAUCGUGGUUGUUGACUUCUACCAGCAUUGAUAGUUGACCGUUGACUUUUACCAAAUUGACCGUUGACUUAGACCGUUGACCUGCGUUGACUUUUGGGAUUCAAGUGUUUUCUACUCAAUUUUUCGUCUUGCUUUCAUUUUUGCGGACUGUUUUUGCAUUUGAAACUUCAAUAUGUCUCAAUUUGCAUCGAAUCUUUGUUUCGAUUGUCUGUCCUAGUGAUGUGAUAUUGGAUGGAUCCAAUUAUAGUAUAUGGGCUCAGAAUA